AUGACGCAAUACUUCGAGGACAUCCUUGGAAACCCCACAAGGAACAAGACCGUAUUCUUUCUCGACAACAUUUUUGGUCUUAUCGAGUGCGUUGCACAUUGUCAACUAGUAUUUGAUUCUAUGGACACAGACUCCGUCGAUCUCGUAUUACAACAGGUUGGGCAAAUCCCCGAAAACAUCGUUGCCAAAAUCACCGCCUCUCUGUUGAAAAUACUGAACGAUCUUCAAGACGGCAAUGCUCUCAGAUACACGGAAAUAAAACCCAGCAACAUCCUCAUCAAAAGUAAUGGAGAAAUCAAAUUUUCCGGAUGCGGAAUUUCUGGGACUAGGACCGACUCAACGGCUCAUUUGUUGGUGGGGACCCGAAGUUACAUGCCUCCUGAGAGACUUGAAGGCACUAUGCAAGGUACCCAUUACUCAUUUAAAAGUAUCGCGUGGUCGCUGGGUUUGUCUCUGGUUGAAAUGGCUACCGGGGUUUAUCCAAUUCCUCCCCCUGACGCCAAAACCCAAAAACCGGAGACAAUAUUUGAGCUGUUGGACUAUAUAGUCACGAAGCCGCCCCCAACACUGCCAAAAGGUUCAUUUUCGGCUGAAUUUGAGGAUUUCGUUGGCAAAUGUUUAAGCAAAGACCCCCACGAGAGAGCUGACUUGAAAACUUUACUGAAGCACAAAUGGAUACUAAAGGCCGGGGCAGAUAACGUAAGCGUUGGAAGUUGGCUGAGCAAAACAAUGAAAUUACCACCCCUCCAAACUGAAUGUUAAGGCUGUAAAUUGUAUGUUAUUUGUUUUAUCAGUGUUCAAUCAGUGUUUAAAUAAUGUGGUUUUUGGUGACUGAGUCGAAGAGAUUGUUACCUUAUUGCAUGCUGUUAACGCCUUCCCUUGCUGUUACGGGUAUUUAAAGCAAAUGUUAAUAUUUUGUAUACUUUUUGAAACCUACUCAUGCCAAAUGUGUGUUCGUCUUCAUUACCUCUCCAGUGACGUCCAUCCACAGUGUUAACCCUCAGUCAAAAUUGUGAUAUAAAUAGGCUUUUAUA